GUAAUCUCGUACAGAGCUGUCAUCGCGUAAGGGUAUAAAUCUAUUCCGCAAAAAAAUGAAUUUAGACACAGAAUAUAUCUCAGGCAAUUGCAACGAGUUACAUUGAAGCAAGAAACAAGGAAACAAGAAUUGUCAAGUACCUGUCGCCAUAAAUCUGAUGUCGUCGUCUGCCGUGUGGAGAAGGUGGAAACAAAGCGUCAAGGUCCGGAUAUUCCGGCGUUUCACCAAGGUCCGUUAUGGGAGGUGUUCGUGGGCUGGGUAGUAGCGUCGGAUCGUCGGUGAUCUGAUCCGUUGAAUUCAUACCAUCGGUCGAUGCGCCACCUCCAGCUGUUCUACCAGUGUCCUCUGACAUUGGCUCGUCCUCAGAGGACCUCGUUGCUUCAAGUUUUGCUCGUGAGGCAGAACGUAACUUUGACUUGUAGGUGCUGCUCAUCGCAUGUGGAGAGGGAAUCGUGUGGAACUGCUUUAAGACGAGUGAACAACCACUUUUUGCAAAGUCGUUUGCGUAAGUAUUUUAUGCCGCCGUUCGUUUGUCCGUCCGUUCGUUCGUUCUUUGUUGCGGAGGGAAGUGGAGGGGAAAUAGGAAAGAAAAGACGCUCUGGUUCGGUCUUUCUAGAGUGGUCCUUUUUUUUCUUUCUUUCUUCCUGGGAGAGGUCUCUCUUUUCUUUGUUUGCGUCCUUGUUGUUAUUUGUUGUCUGUGCGUUCUUUUUUUCCCUUGCUUUCGGUAGUGGGUUAAAUAGGCACUCUCUCCUUUUUUUUUAAAAACCUCUCUUUCUUUCUUUUUUUUAGUUGGCGAUUUUACGUAAUUGUCGGUUAUUCCAGUUGUUUGCCUGUCAAAUAUGCUUUUUUCUUUUACAAAAUCCACAGACGGAAUUGUAAAAACGGAAAAGGGAACCAAAACAAUAAAGUACCGUCAAUCGAACCGUUUCCGAACCUAACAUUGUAAUCAUGAUGCAAAUUUCAGGGAAUUAAAGACAAUCAGCAACCGCUUCGUUAUGCAUCUAGCGUUAAAUUAUGCCCAAUGGUUAUAAUCAUCACCUCUUUUCUUCUUAUAAUUUGGCUCUGUAAUGAGAGGGUUUUCCCAACUGGCUUAAAGACCAAACAUAUGGGUUACGUCACA